CUCAUCUAAAUUAUGUACAAAAUAAGUUCCUAGUCAAAAGCCGUCAGCUGUUGUGUCAAGUGUGAACGUUCUUAACCAACAAAAUAGGUGAAACUUAUCGAUAGUGUGAGAUCCUAAUUGUGAUUAUUACUAGUUAUCACAAGUGGUACAGGUUUGAAAGAAUUGUUAUACAAAAUCAGAUUAAAAUACCUUAAUCUUAUAAUACAAAGAAUGAGUCUGUAGUGAUCUAUAAUACUAUCUAGAAUGUUCAAAGAAAAUGAUAGCAGUUCUGGAGGCUGCAGCAGUACAGCUCCUCGACCAAGAAGAAUGUUGGCACGAUUUUCUUUAAGGCGAUUAUUAUAUUCAAGUCCACUUAUUGGUCGGCGAAUUGCUAGAACACCCAGUUCAAGUAACAGGAAUACAAAAACAAAAGAUUCAACUAGUGGCAAAAUAACUGAUGUUGAAAAAGGAGAAGCCAGAGUAAGUAAUGGUUCAAGCCAUUUUCAAUUUCAGAACAUAGAACGUGCUUCUAGUAAAGGCUCUGUACUAUCUUCGGCUGGAAAGAGUAGUGAAAAUGGUUUAGUAGAGUGUCCUCUAUGCUUGGCUGAAUUACCAGUGGAAUUUUUUCCUAUUGUCCAAUCUUGCCAUCAUCGUAGUUGUUACGAUUGUUAUCAACAAUAUCUUAAAGUUGAAAUUUCUGAAUCUAGAGUUAAUAUAGCCUGCCCUGAAUGUUCAGAACCACUUCAUCCAAAUGACAUUCGGAUGAUUCUAAAUGAUCAAACGCAAUUAGAAAAGUAUGAAGAUUUUAUGGUACGACGAGUUCUUGCCGUAGAACCUGAUGCAAGAUGGUGUCCUGCCCCAGAUUGCAGCUUUGCAGUUAUUGCUAGUGGUUGCGCUUCAUGCCCAAAAUUACGUUGUGAACGACCAGGAUGUGAUUCCUAUUUUUGUUAUCAUUGUAAAGCACGUUGGCAUCCUAAUCAAACAUGCGAUGCUGCAAGAGCUCAACGUACUCAAUACUAUGAACGUAGUUCAUCUCUCAGUUUCAGUCAGAGUGAUUCGCAACAUAAAGAUGAUGUCAAACCAUGUCCAAGAUGUCAAGUCCUUAUUGUUAAAAUGGAUGAUGGAAGUUGCAAUCAUAUGGUUUGUGCUGUUUGUGGUGCCGAGUUUUGUUGGUUGUGCAUGAAGGAAAUCAGUGAUCUUCAUUAUUUAAGUCCUUCUGGUUGUACCUUUUGGGGUAAAAAGCCAUGGUCUAGAAAAAAGAAAAUACUUUGGCAACUUGGAACUUUAGUGGGAGCUCCAGUUGGAAUUGGCCUUGCUGCUGGUAUAGCUGUACCUGCUAUGAUUAUAGGUAUUCCAGUAUGGGUAGGGAAGGAAUUGUAUACAAGAUAUGAGAAAGAUAACAAACAUAAGAGGAACGCUUUUAUUGUUGGAGGAGUAACUGCAUCUGUUUUGGUAUCACCCUUAUUAGCAGGAUUGGCCGUAGGUAUUGGUGUACCCAUUUUAUUAUUUUAUGUUUAUGGCGUAGUCCCCGUUUCCCUUUGCCGAAGCGGAGGUUGUGGUGUUUCUACGAAUGGUACGGGAGUGCGAUUUGAUUUCGAUGACGAAAAUGAGCUUAUGGGUUCUUUGAGUGUUCGCAACGGUGGAGAUGCAGCAUCGAUAGAUGUUGCGAGUCAUCGUGGCGGUAAUCCUUCGAUAGGUGAGGCUUCCCUUUCGUUAGGUAGUGGAAGUCACCUAGAAAAAUUAGGACGUGAAAACGAUCGCGAAAGUGCCAGCAACGUAGCUGUUGCUGGCACCAGUCUCGCAGGAAGUAUAGCCUCUAGUGUUUUACCAGGUGGACAAAGAUUGGAAGUUCAAGCGGACGUGACGUCUACUCAACGAUUCAGUUUGUGUAGUGAAACAGCAUCUGCCGCAACCAGUUUAUCAGAGAAAUCUGUAAACGCAUCUAUCGCUUUGGAUGACGGUGCAGCUUCCACUAGGGCUUUGGCAGGCUCCGUUCUAAAUUUUAAAAUGGAUGGAAGUUCAAUUAGCGGUGGCAGAAGCACGGAAGGGGAACAAGGGACAAGUUCUGUUGCAGGAGGGCAUAUGGACUCAGCAGGUCAAGCUACGUCUUUGAGUUCCCUUGAAGAGGUAGCGCCUGGUUUGGCGAAACGUGCUCGACGUAAACCAACAUUAGAUCGUCAAUGCAGUGAUUCCAGUAAUUGGACCGUUUGUGGAGAGGACGAAAGUUCUGAACGUGUCAGAUUUGACGAUCACGUUAGUUUUAUUGAAGCAGACCAGGAAGGAAUUGUCAGCACAUGUGGAGUGAAUAGCCGAACUUCUGGAAGACGUAAACGUAAUAAAGAGACAGAAGACGUAAAUACUCAAAAGAGUACAAAAAGUUCUAAUACUGAAUCAAAGGCUGAUUCGACAGAUGACAAUGUGUCAUGGGAACGAGUUAAUGUUGCCACUUUGAGAAAUGUCUUCUUCCAUAACUCUACAGCAUCUACAGAUCGCGAAAAGCGAUUAUCGGUGAUAGAAGAACCGUUUCCUGUAGUGGUACAGAAUAACGGUGCUUGUUUUUUUACACCUUCUGACAAAAAAUGUAACAUAAAUAAUGUGGAAGAAGAUUUAUGCUCUUAAAGAAACAAAGACUGAGCAUUUAUGUAAUAAUGUACAUGCGUCCUUUAAAUACACAAAACAUAGAUGCGUAUUCACAUAUAGUGACAAGCAAAUAUGUAAACACGCAAGUCUUAUAACGAAGUGAUAGUGCUAUAAACUUUUUAACUGAUUUAUAAGGAUUAGCAAAAUUACAAACUAAAUCUGUAUAACGUGUUUAUGCUUUUGCUUGUUAUUGUAUAUGUAUAUAUAUAUAUGUAUUUAAGUGUACACGAUGUGCGUGCAUUAAUACCGAAUUUACUAUAUUUAUGCACAUCAUGUAUAAAUGUAUUAUGAAUGCAAUAGAGGGAACAAAUUAAAACUAACUUUGUAUGACAACAUCGAAGCAAGAUAGUGUAUGCAUUCAUAUUUCAGAACUACGUGUGUAUAAAUAUAUGUAAUGUGCGUAUAUGUGUAUAGCUAUAUAUAUACUCACAGGCCUCAAAUUUGUUAUAAAAAUUCAAAUUAAUUUAAUAUGAAUAAUUUUCAUUUUGUGCCAACAUUUUUUUGAUGAAUAAUUACAUGCGAAAAAUUACAUUCUCAUAUACAAAACACGCUCACAAAUAAACUCGAAUUCGUUAAAAUUUUUCUAUGAUGAAAUUCUUCAGAAGAAUUGAAACUUCCACACCAUAUAAACUAAAAUAACUGUAUAAAACAUUAGGAAAAGCUUUAUACGGUUGCAUUUUAUGUCACAUAAUUAUUUUUUAUGCAUGAAAUACUUCUCCAUUUGUCAGUCAUAUUUCCAGAUGUACAAGUAUCGUAAGAACCUUUGUACACAAAUAUUUUCUAAAUGUCCCUUGAUGUAUGAAAAUAUACAUAGUAUAAUGGACGCAAUUGGAGGCAAUGAACAUGCCUUGACAAUGAAUGUUAUACAAUUUUAGAAAAAAAAAAAAAAAAAAAAACAAUGACAUUAUAAAAAGAGGUAUGGUAGUUUACUAUCUUUGGUUAUAUUUAUUUGUUAUUUAUCCCAAACACGUACUAUUUCAGGUGCUUUGUUAGGCAUGUUGAAAGCUUUGAUUUUCUUGCCAGUGUAUUUACAUUUAUGUACACUAACGAUCAGUAUAAGGAACAUUGUAAUCAUGUUUUAACAAUUUUGCCUCUCAUAAAUUUUUAAUUUUAAAUUCUUGAGAAUUAAAUAUGUAUAUAUAAUUAUGUAAAAUUAUUAUCUCAAUAUAUGUUUCUUAUGUGUAACUAAUAACUUUACUAAUAUUUGGAUAAGCUAAUGUCAUACGUCCGGACAAGAAUAAUUGUAUGAAAAGCUUAUAAAUUUAAAAAAAAAGAUGGAUAUAUGGACCUAAAAAACCGAAUUGUGAAAUAUGACAUAAGCUGCCAUAUAAUCUUUAUGUAUAAAUAACAAUAGAUGUUUUAGUUAAAUAAGGCAUAUUUUAAAAAUACGCCCUAGAGUACUAGUAUAUAGUACGAAAUAUAUUUAAAAAGUCAAAUUUAAUGUAGAAACAUUUAUAAAAGUGCAUUUUUACCAAUAUUUUUACGUAUUUCAAAUAAUAGUUUAAAUAUAAAUUAAAUUAAAAAAGUAUAUUUAGUUGAUACAAAAAGCGGUGCAAUUUUAACAUGUUUUAAUAUAUUAAUACAAAUAACUUAAAACUAUAAAGGUAACUUAUACUUUUACAAGUGUUAAUUUCUUCAAAUUCUGUUAAUUAUUGUACAUUUUGUAUGAAGAUCACAGUUCUAUGUAUUACAAAAAUAUUUUGUUUAAGCAAUUGUUUCUUUUACGAUAAAUGUAAAUUCGUAAAUAUAACAAAAUAUAAUAUAAGUGUAUAUUCAUUUAAAUUAUAA